AUGGCGGCGGCGCGGCGGGUGCAGCUCCGGGGCCCGGCGCUGCUGCUGCUGCUGCUGCUGCUGCUCGGCGCGGCGGGGCCCGGCGUGCGGGCCGCACGGAGCCGCGGGGCCGACCGCCAGAACAGCCUGCGCCGCGCCGCCAGCGGCCUCUACCAGGGCGUCAGCGGCCUCUUCGGCGAGGACAACGUGCGGGCCCUGCAGAAGUUUUUCUCAAGGUUGACAGAGAGGUUUGUGAAUGGGGUGGAUGUAUUAAUGGACACAUUCUGGAGAAUAUGGACUGAUUUGUUAGAUGUUCUUGGAAUUGAUGCCUCCAACCUGACUCAUUAUUUCAGCCCAGCAGCCAUUGCCAACAACCCGACGCGCGCCCUGCUGCUGAUCGGUGCCAUUUUGCUGGCCUACUGGUUUUUAUCUCUGUUCCUCGGAUUCUUCUUCUAUCUGCUGCACAUGCUGUUUGGCCGCUUCUUCUGGAUCGCCAGGGUGGCGCUGUUCACCCUGUCCUGUGUGUACAUCCUGCAGAAGUACGAGGGGGACCCCGAGCACGCCGUGCUGCCCCUCUGCUUCGUCGUGGCCGUCUACUUCAUGACGGGUCCCGUUGGCUUUUACUGGAGGAGGAACAGCAACAGCAGCCUGGAGGAGAAGAUGGACCACCUGGACAGCCAGAUCAGGCUGCUGAACAUCCGCCUCUCCAGGGUGAUUGAGAACCUGGACAGGGGCGCUGAGCAAUGAGCCAGCCCCCGCUGACCACUGAACACCAGCUCUGGAAAAACCCUUAGCACUGUCUCAUCCGAAGUUACAAAGCAACAAAACAUCACAUGGUAAAAAGUGUGCAAAGUUAUAACUUUUCAUCGUGUCUAAGACUAAUUUAUCUAGGUUAAACACUCAGCCGUUAGACUUCUAGGAGAAAGAAAAAACAUUUACAAAAUUCAGCUGUAUAUUCAGAGUUUUAUCCAGUACUAGAGUUUUCUCAGUAGAUAAACGCUUACUUUUACAAGCAUUUAAAAACAUCUUUUGUAAGGUUUUUAUAAAAGCAAAUUGAGUAGUCUUUCAGAUAUUGAAAUUGAGUUAAACAUAUGCAAAUUUGACACUUUAACAGUUAAAAAGAAAAAAAAAAUCUCAAGCUACCAAGCACUUCCAUUGAGAAGUAACUGCUGUGGGUCCAUAUUUUUUCUUCAGAGUUGUGAAUGUUUUUAUGUUUUUGUUGGCUUAUUUCAUUGCCUUGAAGUUGCCUUUCAUAGAGUAUCAGAUGAGGAAUUUUCUGGUAUCCAGGCCAAAAAAUUCACACCAUAGCUUUUAACAGGAGGUGGGGAAUGAGGGAGAAGGAAGAUCUGAAGUCCUUAAAUGCCAGUCCAAUGUGAGGAAGCACACGUGUGGCAUUUUAUCAUUGCAUUUCAUCCCGAGAACUUUAAUUUGUUAGUGUCUGGAAGGAAAUCUGCUUUAAUAAAUUGGCACAGAAGGAAGAUGUAGCGUGACAAAUUGUAAUUCAUAUUUGAUCUGCACAGUGAAGCAUUUUCCAAGCUUAAGUGCAUAGAGUAAAACAUGGUUUUUAAUCUCAGGACCCACGUACCUUCUCAGAAAAGGCAGCAGUUAAAACACGUGCAAAUGUAUUGUUGCUUAAAGCUUUCUCAGGACCAAUCAGCGGCAAUAAAUUAUCUUCAGGAAGAUCUGGAUUUUUUUCUAAAAUUCCAAUAGUUUUAUAGGAGCUUUUUGCUUGAAGUCUCUGUCCUCGUUAGGUUUUGGGAAAGGCGAGUCACCUUUAGGAGGAGGGUGUAGGAAACGGUUCUCUUUCAAAGCAGUGGAGCUUUGGAGCAAUUUUUAUUUUGCAGGAUUUCUGUGUUUCUUACUUGGUAGGGCAUCACUGGCUGUGCUGGUUUACUGAAACAAAGGGAAGCUCAGGGAAGGAAGCCUGGAAUGUGGUUUCACCUGGAAACAGCAGCAUGCAAGGACACAGAUGUGAGGAGGGAGGGAAGCACCUGCCCCUGGUGAUGAGCACAGUUCUGAUAGCACCAGGGGUAGGAUGGAGCACAGCUGGAGCAUUCCAUAUCCCAUAGGGUCCAAACAAACAGCUGCAUCAAAAAACGCAACAAAAAUUGGUCUGGGAUGGGGCCUGGCUGCAAAGCAAGGGAACCAGGAGGAGGAGGAGGUUCCCAGGUGUGCCUGCCAGUGCCAGCCCCAGUGGGACAGGCUGGGCACAGCUUGUCCUCCACUGGGCAAAGCUUCUGGGUGUGAUGCUUAACUGAAUGUAACUGUGGGGCGAGUUUAUUUUUCUCUUUAUGCUGAAGUUUUAAUGUUCUUCUUGGAAUGUGUGUGUUACUUGCCUGAACCUCUUUGGGUCUGUCUGUGUGUGGCAUUUCCAUGGGGGUUGUUUUUAAAUCCAUGUUAAUGGCCUUUACUCCUGGUGAUCACUUCUGUUCAACACGGUUGAAGUUCAUAUGCACUUGGCACGGUUGGAAUGCAUUUUAAUUUUUUAUGUCACCUGUAAAUCCCCCUGCACCCCAGUUGUUAACAAGUUUGGAGUUGUUAAAUAACUGGUUAUCACAACUUAAAAUCAUUCCUGUGAUCAGAUAGGGACUAUGGCAGCAAAUAGUCCAUUAGGUCAAGCUGAAAAUGUAAAUGAUGGUAAAUUCCUUUUUUCAGCUCAUUUUCCAUAGUAUUACAGAGUCUUCCCUGGAGACUCAGUUCUCCCUACUGUUGUGCACAGAGGACUGGGCUAAAAUGCCAACCUGGAAAUUAGGAAUUGACUAGAAAAGCUUGUCAGGUCUUGAUGUGUUUUGCCAAAUGUGAGACCUGAGGACCAAAGUUUGCAAACCUUGCUCGUGUCAGUGGCUCCAUUGCCUUCUUAGGACAAUGUGCCUGGGUCAGUUUGCAUAGAUUGUAUUUUGUGUAAUCCAUAUUUAACGUUAAAGUUAAAGUACUGAACAUUUAUAUAUUAAGAGGUGUCUAUGAUAAAGACUUCUUUGAAAGUAUUAUAUAAAAGUUAAUUUGGAUUAUGGUUUCUCCCUGUCUAAUCAUUUAUCUUACUUUUGUAAAAUCAGCCCUCCUAUAUUAAUACUCUUUAUUUGGAUCACCCUGCUGCUUGAAAAAUGGUAUUUUUAUAUUUACUUGCAUCCCAUGUAUAGCAAAAUGUUAUGUGAAAAGCAGUAUAUAUAAAAUUGGGUAUUUUUAAUCAGUAUUUUUCCCAGCACUCAGUUUUCACAUUAGUCAAAUUCAGAAGUAAUGAUUUUUUUAAAGCACAAUCUAAUCUUCAAUAUAUAUAUAUACAUAUAUAAAUAUAUACUUUAAAAAUGCUCUGUAUUUUUAAACAUGCACUGUAGUGAAAGCGCUUUUGGGGACAUGAAUGUGGUAUUAUUGUAUUUAAUCUCUUUUGACUUUUGUAAAUACCUUUUACAAGUAUUUUCCAUACUGGGCCAUCUACUUUAUCCAUGGAGGAUUUUGCUGUUUUUUAGAAACCCGUGCCAGUGGCUGCAAUGCUUUUGUAUCCCACAGAGCAUCUCAGAGACAGGCAGGGCUCUGUGUCACCUUGGGCAAACCCUGGCAGUGACACUGCAGGGUGGCACAGGACAACCCUCAGCAGGUGACACCUGGCCAGGGCAGGGAUGGCGUGGGACAACCCUGGUGGCUUUGGCUUUUUGCUGUGACUUGAUGGAGCUCUGCCACAGCCAUGCCCAUGGUGCCCUGCUGGGAGCUGCUGCUGGGGCACAGGUGACACAGGGACAGUCCCACCUGGCUGCUCCUGCAGGACAGGACCUGGCCCUGCUCCUGGACCUUCCUGUGGCCGCUGGAGAGCCCAUCCCUGUGUGAGCAGCGGGCACAAGCGCCCAGGAUGGGCUCUGGCUGCUGGCAUUGGGAACUCCACGGGGCUCCAGCUGCCUCCUCUGGGACCCAGCUUUGCAAUCCUGCAGGGUUCUUCCCGUUCCUGAAGGUUUCCAUCUGCCUGCUCUGGGACCCAGCCUGUGCCAUCCUGCAGUGCUUUUCCCAUUCCUGAAGGUUUUCAGCUGCCUGCUUCAAGACCCAGCCUUUGCAAUCCUGCAGGGUCCUUCCUGCUCUCGAGGCUUUUCACCUGCCUGCUCUGGUACUCAGCCUUGGCAAUCCUGCAGUUCUCUUCCCAUUCCUGAGGGUUUCAGCUGCCUGCUCUGGGACCUAGCUUUUGGAAUCCUGCAGGUUUCUUCCCAUUCCUGAAGGUUUCACCUGCCUGCUCUGGGAGCCAGCUUUGCAAUCCUGUAGUGCUUUUCCCAUUCCUGAAGAUUUUUACCUGCCUGUUUUAGCACCCAGCCUCUGCAAUCCUGCAGUUUUCCCGCUCAGGCAGGGCGGCUCCUCCGGACGCACACAGCUGUAAUACCCGAUGUGUCCUGUGGGAUGUGGCGCUUUCCCAGUGGUUUUUGGGUGUCAGGGUGCAGUGUACAAAACCUGGUGUGGCUCAGUGCUGUGCUUCUAGCGCGUCCUUCACGUCGUGCUUUGCUUCUCGAGGCUCGUUGCAUCGUCGCUGUGGAUAGACCAGUAUCAACCUUAGCUCUUCGGUGGUGUAGAAGUGUUUAAGUGUGGUUUGCCUCACAUACUGAUCCGUAUUUGGCAGCUAAUGGCGUUAAGUGACCAUGAGUUCUCUUUGUCUGGGUUGGAAAAUAAAAGGUUUUAUUGUAUCCGCAUGUAUUUUAAACUUUUUGGAUAAUUCCAUCGACCUGUGAUGACAGCACAUGUAAAAACCGAUCUUUUCCUUUUAUUCAGAAGUUCUAUUUGCUGUGGUAGCACUUGUUGUUGGCACUGAUGGUAGUGAUUUCACAUCCUGUUUUGUACAUCAGGUUUCAUGAUUACAGUGUUUCAGUUUGUACAAUUGUUCAUGUAAAAACGAUUUGGUCUGAAGAGAUGCCGUGUGUUCACUUCUGAUCCUAGACACAUACGAGAUCCUACUGGUAAUACUGUUAGUAGUUACAACUGUACCAGACUUAUUUUUUACAGAGCUUUACAUGCCUUUAUUUAUUCCUUUAUCGGACCAUCCAAACCAUGUACUCCGUAGUUCAGUAUUUGUAGACCAGUUUCACAAAUCAACUUAAGGUAUUGUGGCAAAGCUUCGAAUAAAUGUUUACUGAGACUUUGCACUGA